CUUCUUGCAGCUCACAUAUUUUGAAGUACAGUGUCAUAUUGACGUAUACUUCUACCCGUGCGUGUAUGCGAUUGACCAGACGGUACCCAGGUAUGACAAGUGUCUGUGAAUCACAGUGAAGAGAAAUAUUCACAAGACUGCGACAUAAACACACUGUUAACAUAACACAGAGACUAUUUUGAAAUUAUUUAAUCAUGGAUUUUUCCGCCUUUGCGGAUUGUUAAUGGACGGGGUAGUUAAGGAUACUUCACCAAAACUGCUUUCUAGGCGAUUUGGUAUGUAGUAACCGUAGUAAAGAUUGCCGUGUACAGAACUACUGAAUUUGGAGACAUCUAUCACCUGUACUGAAAUGAGACAGUCUCUGACUUGGCUGACAUUUAUGCUGGGUCUUACACUUGUGGGACUUUUGUGUUACGUCAUUUUGUACUCGCUGAUGACGUCACGAACGCACUUUAGCAAUACAGCGUAUUUGGAAUACCAGGGAUUGGGCGGGGAGUCAGCAUUAAAUCCACAGCACGCAGCCUGGAGUUUAGCCCCUGAGCCUUGGGUCUAUGAAAUGAAGACCAGGCGACGGCACUUAAAAGACGCCUGUUCGUCCUUAAAGUCACCAAAAAAGGAUGGUGUCCCAGUACGAAACAUCACCACCGAGUUCAUGUUUGUGGACGAGCGCCACCGCCUCCUGUACUGCGCCAUUCCCAAAGUGGGAUGUACCAAUUUUAUAAGACUAAUGUACGGUCUGACUGCCAAUGCCGAUAGUGAUGGCUACCAAGAUAUCGGAGCCGGGGAGGUCCACGCUGAAUAUCGCAAGUACCUGACUCCACUUAAUUCCUUCUCGGACUUUGGGAUUCAAUUUCGCCUCGACCAUUACCUGAAGGUGAUAUUAGUACGACAUCCGUUUGAGAGGUUAGUUUCCGCGUUCAGAAACAAACUUGAGCGACACACUAUAUUGUCCUUUAAUGAAGGAACGAUUAUUGCCAAAUAUUUCGAACCGCAUGCGACAAAGGCAACGAUCCGGACGGGGGACGGGGUGACAUUUGAAGGUUUUGUCAGAUAUCUCAAUUUCAAAGCAGCUAAAGACCCGGAUGCACUUGAUCAGCAUUGGAGACGAUUCUUCGAGCUGUGCAACCCGUGUGACGUACAUUAUGACGUCAUAGGGCGUCACGAGACCGUCGAGCGUGACGUCAAUAUGGUUCUUAAAGUACUUGGAGUAGCAGACUUGUUUCAUUAUCCGAGGAAAAAUAUGCAGCAUGUAUCGUCGGCUGAUCUUUGGAAGAUAUAUUUUACGAACGUUUCUAGUUCACAAUUAACGAAAUUGUGGGCUUUUUAUAAACUAGAUGGAGAUUUGUUUAACUAUACCUUAAAUUCUUUGAAUUUUGUCGUCAAGAAAAGAUUACGUAAUGAACAUAUGGCAGUGCUAACCUGAAUCAAAUUUCAAAGGUGCGAAAAAAA